ACUUCCUGCCAGGGGGCUGCUGCGCCUGCCUCCUUUUUCCUGCGUGGCGCCUCCGGGGUGAGGCUCCCCUUGGGGGGCGGGGGGUCAGGGGAGGGGGACACGGGCGGGGCGCUCCUUCGGGGGGGAGGGCACCCAUGAGGUCCUCUAGUCCAACCCCGCCGGCAAUACUGGAAGCUCCAGCUGCUGCAUCCAUUGCCCUGGGCACUGGGAAUUUCCAUCUGGAAAAGAAGGAAAGCAAGUGGCAGUCGCAGGAAUAGGGGGUGGGUCUCUGCUAGUGGAGCAGGGUGGCGGGUGGCGCUGUGGGUUAAGCUACUGAGCCUAGGGCUUGCCGAUCAGAAGGUCAGCAGUUCGAAUCCCCGCGACAGGGUGAGCUCCCGUUGCUCGGUCCCAGCUUCUGCCAACCCAGCAGUUCGAAAGCACAUCAAAGUGCAAGUAGAUAAAUAGGUACCACUCUGGCGGGAAGGUAAAUGGCGUUUCUGUUCGCUGCUCUGGUUUGCCACAUGACCCGGAAGCUGUACGCCGGCUCCCUCGGCCAGUAAAGCGAGAUGAGCGCCGCAACCCCAGAGUCGGCCACGACUGGACCUAAUGGUCAGGGGUCCCUUGACCUUUACCUCUGCUAGUGGGGUGGGAGGUGGAAGGUGCCUGGGGAGGGGAUUCCCCAGCUGAGGGACCACCACCAGGGUGGCCAACCCUCUGCCCACCAGAACACCCAAGAGGGCAUGUAGGGAAGGAGGAGGUUCUCCAGAUAUUGGGGGGCCUCAGCGAACGGCAAAUUGCACUUGGAAACAAACUGACGAGCCGUGCAGCUGUGUUUGAAAGAGGAGUUGAAUAUGUUCCCAAGGGUUUUUGUGAGAGUUGCAUGAGGAGGGCUAGAUCCAUGGAUGAUGCCCUGAGCUCCUUGCAGAGGAAGGUGGGCGUCUUUAAAGGGAACUGUGAAAUAGAGGGGAACCCAGGCAGGAAACUGGCUGCUGUGUUUUAAACUGGUUUCUGAGUCUCCUUCAAGGGCAGCUCUUCAAGGCUGUAAUAAUCCCAUGGGAUGCAGAGUGUGGCCUGGGGCUGGCAAACAGGCCGGAGCUAGAAAUGAGCACUUUCACAGAGGCUGGCUGAGCCUCAAGUGAUGCUCUUGGAUCCAGGAGUAACCCCAGUGGCAGGAUAAGCUUAAGUCUCUCCAAACAGGCACCUUAAGGGAUCAUCCACGCUUGAUCAGGGAAUAUUUUUCUUUUCUCCGGACUCUGUCAAUUUUAUAACUGAGUAAUGCAUUUGCUUUGCAGGAUUUUCUGGCUGCUCUAAUUUGGACACACUGAACACGGCAGGGGAAAAAAGGGAUUUAUUCUGAUUUCUUGGAGGUUUCCUGAGAGCACAGAUGGAUGAGCAAGACUCAGCUGGCCCUGAAGCAGGAAGAGGCCAUGGGAGCAGUGGGGGAUUCUGGGAAAACUCUGUGCCGAAGAUCCUGGGUGAGGAGGACACCCCUUGCUCAGAGGCGCAGAGCCAGCAGUUCAGGCAGUUCUGCCCCCAGGAGGCCAAAGGACCCCGUGAGGUUUGCGGACGACUCUACCACUUUGACCAUCAAUGGCUAAAGCCAGAAAGGCACACGAAAGCUGAGAUGCUGGACCUGGUGAUCUUGGAGCAGUUCCUGGCUGUCCUUCCAGCGGAGAUGGAGAGCUGGGUGAGGGGCUGUGGAGCGGAGACCAGUUCCCAGGCGGUGGCCCUGGCUGAAGGUUUCCUCCUGAGUCAGGCAGAGGACAGAAAGCAGGCAGAGCAGCAGGUGAGAGAGACUUUCUUCUGGAUACUCCCAAGGGGCUCCCAACAUGAGGGAGAGUGCCCCCAGAUUCUCUACUCAUGGCCCAUCCUUAUAGGAAGGAAUCCAAUGUGUGUUAUAUGAUACCCCUAACAGUUUUUCCUUUGCUGUUCCUUUUCUAAUCCUUCUCCCCGCUUUCUGUUUGGACUUUCUGUUGAGAUUCCUGCAUUGCAGGAGGGUGGACUAGCUGACGCCCUUCUAUGAUUCUGUGAUUUCAGGGAAUGGAUCUGUUUGCAGGAAUGGGUUCAGGUUCCUCUGAGGCAGAGAGGACUCAGCUGGACGCCAGAGAGAGGCCACUGGGUAAGGAGGAAGGAUGAGGUUUGUCUCUGUUUGAUCACAUUCUGUGGGUUCUGAAACUCACCUGUGAGUUCUUUGAAUCGUUUGGGGGAAAACAAUUGAAGCCAAUAGCCCCAAGGAGGAGAGACGUAUAUUUCAUUUACUGAAUUUAUAUACCACCCUAUACCCAGAGGUCUCAGGGUGAUUUACAAUAUGUACGCAACUGAGCUACCAAAUGGGUAUAAAUGUCCAAAUGCACUCAGCGAGGUUUUUCUAAAGCCCAUCUGUAGUAAGAGAUGCUCUGCUAGACCUUACCUUUGUCUCCCGCAGGUGACAGAAAGACUUCGGCAAAACCUCCUCCAUCUGUUCAUGGUGUCAGAGGGGAAGCGGUGGCUGUGGAAGCGGAUCAGGUAGGGGGAAGGAGCCGUGUGGGUCACGAGGCUGAGGAGUGGGGCAGCCAGGAGGCCUCUGGGCCCCAGUGAUGAGUCUCACUCCUGCUCCACUUGGCUUCUGUCACAGUUGCCCUUCACAAAAGCUGGAAAGGCCAUUCAGGAAGGUUUCUGUGCUGAGAAUAAGGAGCAGCUGCCUCACCUCAGCUAACCUUCUGAAUGUUGCUCCGUUGUUGCUGCUUUCUUUAUAAAGUUGUCACUGAAUGCUGAAAUAGGCUUCUAAGCAGUUGACAAACCAUGAAUAGCAGUGGCCAGGAUUCACCUAAGCUGCCCCAUCCGUUUCACAGCAGGGCUUUGCCCCACUCUCUUCUCUCCUCCAAUGUCCCCAUUCGCCCCUUGAAGUUUGCUUUAGGGCGUCGGGAGGCUUCCCCCAAGAACAGCGUCCAGGGAGAGGACAGAGGGGAUCCUUCUCUCCGGUAGACUGGAAUGCUUUGCGCAGGCAGAAUGACACGAGGACCACAAUGUUGACCUCUGCCCCUUUGAACCAUGAGUGAUACCCAUCAUUAAAAGCCGCAAGAGAAGAAUUCAUUUGAUACCUUAAAAUAAGCAUCCAUAAUAAAAAUGUGCAGGAAAACAAUCCCUGAAAAGUAACCAACAGGCAGAAAACCCCGGAGCAAAGUGCAGUAGAGCAUCUUCCUGCUGUCUGAGUGGAGGACAUUUCCUUUUCUCUUUCAGGGUUCAGUGUGCUUUGAAGACGUCGCCGUUUCUUUCACGGACGAGGAGUGGGCAUUGCUGGAUCCUGACCAGAGAGCUCUGCAUAAGGAAGUCAUGGCGGAGAACCGUGGGAUCGUGGACUUUCUCAGUAAGGCUCCCUGUUGGAUCAGGGUCUCUGUUUUGAAAUUCAGUGCAUUUCUCUCUGUGACAUCCCUUCCGUAUUUGGAUGGAGCUCAGCAGCAGCAGCCUCUGGGAUUCUAGCACUCCCCAAACUAUCUCCUGUUUGGGCUUUGAAUAUUCUUUCUCCAGUUGUUGUUAUUACUAUCACGCACUUCAUUUCUAUACCACUCUAUAUUUUUAAGAAAAGACUCUCAAAGCAGUUUGCAACCUACAUUAAAAGUCAACUAAAACAAUCCAGAAUAAAACUUUACAGAGGAAAGUCAAAUAACAAUGAUCAGCCUAGUCUGAUCUCUAGGCCAUUUAAAAUAUAGGAUUCAGAGUUGUUAGGCUAGCGGAUGCAGAUUCUGUCAGGUUUCCGUUUCUGCUUCUGUCCGUUUUUGUUUGACUAAAUACUGACCCUGGAGAUGCAGUGGAUCACAUGAUUGAGCCAAACUCUCCCAGAAAAGUGUCAGGCUUUUAAAAUCUAAAGUUCCCAUAAAUAGGUCUCUAAUUACUAGUCAAUGAAAACCAUGAACUCUGACAUCUAAAUAUCUCCAGUUCUUUGUCUAUAACAAUCUUUCAUUUGCAUUUCUCCAUCAUUGGGGGAUUCCUGAGGAUCUAAUCUGUUUUUCUCUUCAUUGCAGGUGGUGAAAUGUUAGAAAUCCGCAUAAUGGAAACGCUACAUAAAUAUUUGGGUUGUGGUGAGAGCUUCUGUAAGAAGGUCCAUCUCAUUUCCCAGGAAAGCACUCAAAGAGAAGAGAAACAAUAUCAUUGCUCGGCAUGUGGAAAGAGCUUCAGUCACAGAGCCAACCUCACAACCCAUCAAAGAAUUCAUACCGGGGAGAAACCCUUUCAGUGCCGGCAGUGUGGAAAGAGCUUCAGCCAGAGCGCCCAUCUCACCACCCAUCAAAGAACUCACAGCGGAGAGAACCCAUACAUGUGUUUGGAAUGUGGAAAGGUUUUCAGAUACAGGCGCACCCUCGCUUCCCAUCAAAGAGUUCACACAGAGGAGAAACCACAUCAGUGCUUGGAAUGCGGAAGGAGCUUCGCCUGGAAGAAAUGGCUCACUUCCCAUCAAAGAAUUCAUAAGGGGAAGAAACCCUACAAGUGCUUGGAGUGUGGGAAGAGCUUCAGCGAGAGCACCUCUCUCACUUCCCACAGGAGAACUCACAGCGGGGAGAAACCGUACCUUUGCUUGGCCUGCGGAAAGCGCUUCGGCCACAGGGCCAACCUCGCAGCCCAUCAGAGAAUCCACACCGGGGAGAAACCUUUUCAGUGCCAGGAGUGUGGGAAGAGCUUUAGCCAGAGCACCCACCUCACUACCCAUCAGAGAACUCACAGCGGAGAGAAGCCGCACCCGUGCUUGGAGUGCGGCAAGAGCUUCAGUCACAGGCACACGCUCAUUUUCCACCAAAGAAUUCACAGCGGGGAGAAACCAUACCAGUGCUUCGAAUGUGGCAAGAGCUUUCGUCGUAGCGACAAUCUCACAACCCAUCAACGAACUCACAGUGUGGGGAAACUGUAGCAGUGGCUGUGUACAGUCAUACCUCGGGUUGAAGUAGCUUCAAGUUAAGUAUUUUCAGGUUGCGCUCCGCGGCGACCCGGAAGUAACGGAGUGCGUUACUUCCAGGUUUCGCCGCUGGCGCAUGCACAGAUGCUCAAAAUGGCGUCACACGCAUGCGUAGAAGCGGCAAAACGCAGCACGCACAAACGCGCAGUCGCGUCUUGCAUUUACUUCAGGAUGCGCACGGGGCUCCGGAACGGAUCCUGUUCGUAUCCAGAGGUACCACUGUACAUAUUUAAAUUUAUGAGACUUUAAUUAAAUUGUAGGUGGGUGAGGAUGGCAACAGUGUUCUUGCCCAGCAAAGAAGUCACCCUCGCCUGUCAGGACCGUGGAGUGCAACCAUUAACUCGGUGCCCUAACAUUUCUUCACAUUGCAGACCCAGAUCUACAAAGUGCAAUUUGGAUUACUUUUUUCACAUUGCAUCGGGGAAGAGGGUCACAAGCGGUUUGGCGACACUGGUGAGGUCGUUGUCAACCAGUGCCAUCCAGUUGCAUUUCCAGAGGUGCUCUGGUCAGGAGAGAGAAAGGGAGAGUUUUAGGCAAAUGGGCCUUUUUACUCCUCUACCUGGAGAGAAGAGGGAUCAACACACUCAAAAUACUCAUAGAAUCAUAGAAUCAUAGAGUUGGAAGAGACCACAAGGGCCAUCGAGUCCAACCCCCUGCCAAGCAGGAAACACCAUCAGAGCACUCCUGACAUAUGGUUGUCAAGCCUCUGCUUAAAGACCUCCAAAGAAGGAGACUCCACCACACUCCUUGGCAGCAAAUUCCACUGUCGAACAGCUCUUACUGUCAGGAAGUUCUUCCUAAUGUUUAGGUGGAAUCUUCUUUCUUGUAGUUUGGAUCCAUUGCUCCGUGUCCGCUUCUCUGGAGCAGCAGAAAACAACCUUUCUCCCUCCUCUAUGUGACAUCCUUUUAUAUAUUUGAACAUGGCUAUCAUAUCACCCCUUAACCUCCUCUUCUCCAAGCUAAACAUGCCCAGCUCCCUUAGCCGUUCCUCAUAAGGCAUUGUUUCCAGGCCUUUGACCAUUUUGGUUGCCCUCCUCUGGACACGUUCCAGUUUGUCAGUGUCCUUCUUGAACUGUGGUGCCCAGAACUGGACACAGUACUCCAGGUGAGGUCUGACCAGAGCAGAAUACAGUGGCACUAUUACUUCCCUUGAUCUAGAUGCUAUACUCCUAUUGAUGCAGCCCAGAAUUGCAUUGGCUUUUUAGCUGCCGCGUCACACUGUUGGCUCAUGUCAAGUUUGUGGUCAACCAAGACUCCUAGAUCCUUUUCACAUGUACUGCUCUCAAGCCAGGUGUCCCCCAUCUUGUAUUUGUGCCUCUCAUUUUUUUGCCCAAGUGCAAUACUUUACAUUUCUCCCUGUUAAAAUUCAUCUUGCUUGUUUUGGCCCAGUUCUCUAAUCUGUCAAGGUCGUUUUGAAGUGUGAUCCUGUCCUCUGGGGUGUUAGCCACCCCUCCCAAUUUGGUGUCAUCUGCAAAUUUGAUCAGGAUGCCCUUGAGUUCAUCAUCCAAGUCGUUGAUAAAAAUGUUGAAUAAGACCGGGCCCAAGACAGAACCCUGUGGCACCCCACUAGUCACUCUUCUCCAGGAUGAAGAGGAACCAUUGAUGAGCACCCUUUGGGUUCGGUCAGUCAGCCAGUUACAAAUCCACUGAGUGGUAGCAUACUCCUGGUUUUGCACCUGUUCAUCACUGAACAAAGAUACACGUGUAGAAUCACAGAACUGGAGUUGGAAGAGGCUCCCAGAGGCAUCUAGUCCACCCCCUGACUGCAGUGCAGGAAUCGCAGCUAAAUUAGGAGUGGACUGACCACGUCACCAUCCAUUAAAACAACACAAACUUUAAAAUCUGAUUUCUUUUUAUUGUUAUUGAAUGACUUUGUUCUAAACAGAAGAAAUACCACAGCUCCCUGUCUCUCUCUUUCUCGCUUACCCCCUCACGCCCCCCCCCAAAUUGGACCUUUUCUUUUUAGUGCAAAGUCUUCUUCGGUGGAUACAAAUCUUCAUAUUUAUGAAGUACAGUACAUAAUUAUGUCAGGCACAAAAUAAAGUCUCUCUCUUUCUUUAACAACAAUAACAACAACAAAAUCAAGUUAACACGAAGCUCAAUUCCGUUAUCAAGAAGCAUUUGGCCUGUUUGACCACCUUCAGCCCCACAAACACCCAGCCACCAAUAGUUGAGAAAUUAAUGCCAUGGUUUGCUUGAGUUGCCAGCCAGCCAGCGCUAAAGAUCCCCCUUUUUUCUAGGGGUUGAGAUUCUUUUAAUACAUGCUUAGUUAAACAUACCCACAGCCUUUUCUUGCUAAUAGGAAAAUGGCAAAUAGGGUUAUUAUUAUUAUUUUUUUGGUAAAUAUUGUACUCUGAAAGGGUGCUAUUAUACGCAUUUAUUUAUUUCUGGCAUUUCCACUCCACAUGGUUUGCUCCCUCCUUGUUUAAUCCUCACAACAACCCUGUGAGGUAGGUUGGGCUGAGAGAAACAGGGACUGGCUCCCAACGUUAUACCCAGUCAGUUUCAUGUGGAUUCAAGCCCUGGUCUCUCCCAGCUCCUCGUCCGGCACUCACCACAGCACCACCGGCUCUCAAAUGGGGGCGUAAUCCUGUAAACAGGUGGUUGAGGUAUCACAACCAGGUCAUUGGCAACAGGUUUUUUUAAUUUACCAGAUUUCCCCCUGAAAAGGAAAAUUAAUGUGUGUUUGGGGAUAUGGGUUGGCAUUUUUAUGGCACUGCCAUUCAGACCCUGCAAAAAAACACAACCCUGAAAGCUGAUCCCAUUACUAAAACCCUUUUUGGAGCAUCGCCUAACUACAUUCUGUAUCUCAUUAAUGACCAAUUGUGGUGGGAAUCCAUUGUGUCUGAUUUAAUCAGAUUCUUGUGAUCCUCCUAAAUCUCUCUCUCUCUCUCUCUCUCUCUCUCUCUCUCUCUCACACACACACACACACCCCACCACAGUUCACUUAUUUGGGAAUCGUGGAACUGAUGGCUUCUCCAUGAUGGAUUCUUACAUUUCGACGAUGAGGGAGGAAAUGCAAUGUAUUUUAAAGACCAGGAACUCGGGCUCAAUCGUUGGCCCUUGAUCCAGGUCACUUCUUGAAGCGGGAUCUGAACUCGGGGCAAGUCCAUACGACAGCGUCUCUACAGAGCAGCUUAUCAGACAGAUGGACCCUUUGUUUCGUGGCCAGGAAAACAUGCAAUGGGAGAUGGAGGAGUAGCAUGACCCCACGUACGACGCAGCUCCCUGUGUGGCUGCAUCACUGCACUGAAAGGAUGAGUCAAAAAUAAUUGCACGAUGGCGCUGGGGUGACGCUUCCUUGCAAAAGUUGGGCUUUGCCAGCCGUUGCCUCCAAAACCCGGGUGCAACUUGUGGCAGAGCAGCGGGAGAGAGAUUCCUCAUUCCAACCACAUCACACACUCCCAUCGUAACAGUGGAAUUUCAUCUGUGGGUCACGGCCAGCUCUGCUUCAGUCCAACCCCUUGCAACGCAGGAAUCCCAGCCUUCAUUUCACCAUGGAGGAAUGACAUAAUCUAUGUAAUUAAUCGAUGACAUUGUUAUUGCACUCUGUUUGUAUCAAUGCAAGAAAAAGUAAUGUGAACUGGGAAGGGCAUCAUCUACAUAAAUGUUUGUGGAGUGAAAGC